UGGGCAAAAAUUCAGUUUGCAAAUGUCAGCUGUUAAAUAGCACUGGACUGAGAUAGACCUAAAAAUACCAUACAAACUGCGUUUGUAAGCCAGAUAAAGGAAGCAGUGAAGACAGGCUAAAGUAAACCACAAGUCUUCACUAAGAAGACAGGCUAGUAAAUUUUGUUUCUGUGUGGUGGGGUGUCCUAAAACCACCAAAGAGAUGGAGUACAAAGUGAUUGUGGCAACAGGUACCUUAGAGUACUCCGGUACUAAUAACUACGUGUAUGUAACCCUGGUGGGGGAAAAUGGAGAGAGUGAGAGAACACUGUUGGAUAAACCAGGCCUGGAUCUGUGCAGAGGCGCAGUCGAUGAAUACCUAGUCCGGAGCUCAGCUCCUCUGGGACGUGUGCUCCUGGUACGCUUGGAGAAGCAGAAGUACUUUGUGGAGGAUAACUGGUUUUGCCGCUAUGUAAAGGUCACACCACCAGGAGGGGAAAACACACAAACCUUCCCUUGUUACCGCUGGUUAGUAGGGAAUGUUGAAAUAGAAGUUCGCGAUGGAACAGCUAAAAAGCUCUGUGAUGAGAUCCUGCCUCAGGAGGUAGCUCACAGAAAGGCACAGCUGCAGGAGAGACAGAAAAAUUUCCGAUGGCAAGUCUGGGCUUCUGGAAUUCCCAAAUGCAUAGAUGCCAAAUCAGAGGCAGACCUACCCCAGGAUGCUCGCUUUGCCAAUGAAAAGCGAAGUGACUUUGAGCUAUCACUUCAAUACGCUCUUUUGGAGCUGUCCCUGAAGAAGCUUGUUAUCUGGUUUGGGAGGUCAUGGAAGGAUCUGGAUGAUUUUAAACAAAUAUUUUGGAAAUUACGGAGUCCCAUUGCUGAAUACACUAUGAAACACUGGAAAGAGGACUGGUUUUUCGGCUAUCAGUUCCUGAAUGGGUCAAAUCCACGAAUGAUCCAUAGUUGCAGGAAAGUGCCUUCCAACUUCCCCGUCUCUGGAGACAUGGUGCAGACCUUCUUAAGCCCCAAUACUACCCUGGAUAAAGAGCUCAAGGAUGGGAAUAUAUUUCUUGUUGACUAUGCUAUAAUGGAUGGGGUUCCUGCGAAUGUGAUCAAAGGAAAGCAGCAGUAUAUAGCAGCUCCUUUGUGUUUACUGUAUGAACAUCCAGAAAAAGGCCUUAUUCCCAUCGCCAUACAGCUUGAACAGAAUCCUACCAAGGACACACCGAUUUUUCUUCCUAAUGAUCCUCCUCUGGCUUGGUUAUUGGCUAAAAUAUGGGUCCGGCAAGCUGAAUUUCAGGUUUUCCAGUUGCUGUCUCACCUGCUGCGAACUCACCUUGUAGCAGAAGUGUUCUGUGUGGCCACACUGCGUCAACUCCCUGCAGUCCACCCUCUAUACAAGCUGCUCAUUCCUCAUCUGAAGUACACUCUGGAAAUAAACUGCCGUGGGCGCACACAGCUCAUCUCUAAUGAGGGCAUCUUUAAAAGGGUGGUGUCGACAGGUGGUGAUGGGCUGCUAGUGUUGGCUCAGAGGGAGUAUAAGGUCCUGACCUAUCGCUCUCUACAACCGUACUUCGACUUCGUAGACCGUGGUGUUACUAAACUCAACAAAUACUUCUACAGAGAUCACAGCUUGAUGCUCUGGGAUGCCAUUGAGAAGUUUGUCUCCAGUAUGGUGUCUUUAUAUUAUGCAAGUGACAGUGAAGUUUUGCAGGAUUCAGAACUGCAGUCAUGGAUUAAAGAUGUGGCUGAGGAAGGAUUUGCAAACAUCCCUCACUUUGGGCUAUCUAAUGAAUUAAAGAAUACGCAGGAGCUGAUCACACUUUUGAGUGUGGUGAUCUUCACCAGCACUGUACAACAUGCAGCAACUAAUAAUGGACAAUUUGACUUUUGUUCCUGGGUACCCAACACACCUUGCACCAUGCGCCAGCCUCCUCCCACAGACAAGGACAGUGUCACUAUGGAGAUGAUCAUGAGCACACUCCCAGAUAUCAGUCAGUCAUGUGUGGAAAUGGCAAUCACAUGGCAUUUAGGAAGAACUCAGCCAGACGCAAUACCUUUGGCACAAUACGAGGAACAAUACUACACUGAGCCAGCAGCCCAAAAAUUGAUUGACAACUUCCAGCAGGAUCUGAAGGACAUUGAGGAGGACAUCCUGAGGCAGAAUAAGAGUCUCGAACCACCAUAUCUCUAUUUGUGUCCCAGUCGAAUAGAGAACAGCAUUACAAUAUAAAUAGACUUAAAACAAAUUCAGCAGAUUUUUGAUAAUGUCCUCCUUAUGACUGGUACAGAAAUUAGCCUUAAAUAUGUAAACAUUUAAAAAAAAAAAAAAAAAAAAACAUUUUGAGAAG